ACCCUACUUGAGCCCAUUUUUUUUUACCGCCAAAACCUGUGCUCAAAAAUAUCUUAUUUUUGGGCAUAGGUUUUUCUGGUCCAAGUGUAUCUUGUCUUUACCACGAACAAAUUUCCUUGGUUAACAAUAAUUGUAGUUUUACCAAUAUUUGCGGGUUCCUUUAUUUUAUUUCUUCCACAUAAAGGAAAUAGGGUCAUUAGGUGGUAUACUAUAUGUAUAUGCAUGUUAGAACUUCUUCUAACAACCUAUGCAUUCUGUUAUCAUUUUCAAUUGGACGAUCCAUUAAUCCAACUAGUAGAGGAUUAUAAAUGGAUCAAUUUUUUUGAUUUCCGUUGGAAAUUAGGAAUAGAUGGACUGUCUAUAGGACCCGUUUUAUUAACAGGAUUUAUCACUACUUUAGCUACUUUAGCAGCCUGGCCUGUUACUCGGGAUUCUCGAUUAUUCCAUUUCUUGAUGUUAGCAAUGUACAGUGGUCAAAUAGGAUCAUUUUCUUCUCGGGACCUUUUACUUUUUUUCAUCAUGUGGGAAUUAGAAUUAAUUCCGGUUUAUCUACUUCUAUCCAUGUGGGGAGGAAAGAAACGUCUCUACUCAGCCACAAAAUUUAUUUUAUACACGGCGGGAGGUUCCAUUUUUCUCUUAAUGGGAGUUCUGGGUGUCGGUUUAUCUGGUUCUAAUGAACCAACAUUAAAUUUUGAAACAUCAGUGAAUCAAUCGUAUCCUGUGGCUUUGGAAAUAAUAUUCUAUAUUGGAUUUUUUAUUGCUUUUGCUGUCAAAUUACCGAUUCUACCCCUACAUACAUGGUUACCAGAUACCCACGGAGAGGCACAUUACAGUACUUGUAUGCUUCUAGCCGGAAUUUUAUUAAAAAUGGGAGCGUAUGGAUUGAUUCGGAUUAAUAUGGAAUUAUUACCACACGCUCAUUCUAUAUUUUCUCCUUGGUUGAUGAUAGUAGGUACAAUACAAAUAAUCUAUGCAGCUUCAACAUCUCCCGGCCAACGCAAUUUAAAAAAAAGAAUAGCCUAUUCCUCCGUAUCUCAUAUGGGUUUCAUACUUAUAGGAAUUGCUUCUAUAACCGAUACGGGACUCAAUGGAGCUAUUUUACAAAUAAUCUCUCAUGGGUUUAUUGGUGCUGCACUUUUUUUCUUGGCAGGAACGAGUUAUGAUAGAAUACGUCUUGUUUAUCUCGACCAAAUGGGCGGAGUAGCUAUCCCCAUGCCAAAAAUAUUUACGAUGUUCAGUAGUUUUUCCAUGGCUUCGCUUGCAUUACCGGGUAUGAGUGGUUUUGUUGCAGAAGUUAUAGUCUUUUUAGGAAUAAUUACCAGCCAAAAAUAUCUUUUAAUGCCUAAAAUUGCCAUCACUUUUGUAAUGGCAAUUGGAAUGAUAUUAACUCCUAUUUAUUCAUUACCUAUGUUACGCUAGAUGUUCUAUGGAUAUAAGUUAUUUAAUACUCCAAACGCUUAUGUUUUUGAUUCUGGACCGCGCGAGUUAUUUGUUUCGAUCUCCAUUUUUCUACCUGUAAUAGGUAUUGGUAUGUAUCCGGAUUUUGUUCUUUCACUAUCAGUUGACAAGGUUGAAGGUAUUCUAUCUAAUUAUUUUUAUAGAUAGUUUUCUUAAAGAAAAAAACUCCUAUGAUUUUUAAGAGUUGGUUGACUAAUGAAAAGAAAAAAGAAGAAGGAUUUUUAUUCUCUUAAAUCUUAAAUUUUUAUUCUCUUAAAUCUUAAAUAAAGUAAAAACAAAAUAUGAAUUUGAAUUUUCACCCAAUAUACUUGGUCUUUGCGAGAACCGUGUGAAUCACUACACUACUUGACUUGAUUCACACGGUUGUCGCCGGUUGACACAAGGUGUUUUAUAUACACCGUAUUCCGUUUGUAUUCGUAAGAACUUUUCUGGAAUUUAACUAGAGGUUAACGUAAAUGAACCAUAACUAUGUAGCCCUAUUCCUAAUAGAUUUACCCCAAAAUAGCAUAUCCAAAUUAUAAGAAAGCCUAGAGUCGCCACAAUUGCGGAAUUUGCCCCCUGAAAAUUUUUAUUUGUUCGAAUAUGCAAAUAAAUUGCGAAUACGAUCCAAGUAAUAAAGGCCCAAGUUUCCUUUGGAUCCCAACUCCAAUAUGAUCCCCAUGCUUCAUUAGCCCAUACUGCUCCUGAAAGAAUACCUAUGGUUAAAAAUAUAAAUCCUAGGCUAAUCACGCGAUAACUCCAAUAAUCUAAUUGUUGAAUCAAUUGGGCCUUGUAAUAAUUCUUAGCAGACAAAAAGUAAUUUUUUUUAAAAAUAUUGUUUCUUUCAUUCUUGUAUUGGAUUUCACCAAAUGAAAAAGACUCAUUUAAUUUUAAGAAAUUAUUACUUUUAUAACUAUAAAAAAUCUUUCUAAAUGUAAUGACUAGAAGUGCUACUGAUAAUAAGGAUCCACAAAGAAGAGCCGCAUAGCUCAAUAUCAUCAUACUUACAUGCAUUAUUAACCACUCCGAUUGUAGAGCAGGUACUAAUAUUGUGGGUUUACGUAUUUCAGUUAAAAGACCCGAAGUAGCAAAGCCCUGGGUAAAAAUAGUACUUGAGGCAGUUAUUUCGGUUAAAUAAUUUUUUCUUAUUUUGAAAUAAGGGACUAUAUGAAUAAGGGAGAAACUCCAUGAAAGAAAAAUUAAUGAUUCAUAUAAAUCACUUAGUGGGAAAUGGCCCGAAUAAAUCCAACGAGUGAUUAAUAAUC